GAAAUCCUGGAUAGAAAAUACUUUCACCAAGAGGGAGUGUGUGUAUAUUAUACCAAGUUCAAAAGACCCCCACAGAUGCCUUCCAGGAUGUCAGAUUUGUCAGCAACUUGUCAGGUGCUGUUGUGGCCGCUUGGUCAGACAACAUGCUUGUUUUACUGCAAGUCUUGCUAUGAAAUACUCCGAUGUGAAGCUGGGUGAAAACUAUAAUCAGGAAAUAGAAGAAUGGUCAGUGGAAAAACAUACAGAACAGACCUCUACUGAUGCUUAUGGCGUCAUCAACUUUCAAGGUGGCUCUCAUUCUUACAGGGCUAAGUAUGUGCGAUUGUCAUAUGACACUAAGCCUGAAGCUAUUCUGCAACUUAUGCUUAAAGAAUGGCAGAUGGAGUUGCCGAAGCUUGUUAUAUCUGUACACGGGGGCAUGCAGAAAUUUGAACUUCACCCACGCAUCAAACAGUUGCUUGGCAAAGGUCUUAUUAAAGCUGCAGUAACAACAGGAGCCUGGAUUAUAACUGGAGGAGUCAACACAGGUGUUGCAAAACAUGUUGGUGAUGCUCUAAGAGAACAUGCUUCCAGAUCAUCUCGAAAGAUUUGCACUAUUGGGAUUGCUCCGUGGGGAGUGAUUGAAAACAGAAAUGACCUUGUUGGAAGAGAUGUGGUUGCUCCAUAUCAAACCUUGUUAAACCCAUUAAGUAAACUAAACGUCCUAAAUAACCUCCAUUCCCAUUUCAUUCUGGUGGAUGAUGGAACAGUUGGAAAGUAUGGAGCAGAAGUUAAAUUGCGGAGAGAACUGGAAAAAACUAUUAAUUUGCAACGGAUCCAUGCAAGAAUUGGCCAAGGUGUGCCUGUGGUGGCACUUGUAUUCGAAGGUGGCCCCAACGUCAUACUCACAGUUUUAGACUUCCUUCAAGAAAGCCCUCCUGUGCCGGUGGUAGUAUGUGAAGGAACUGGUAGAGCUGCAGACAUAUUGGCAUAUGUUCACAAGCAAACAGAGGAGGGAGGGUAA